CUUGGAGCGGACCAGAGUGACAGACCGCGUCAGAACAACGUCUGUAUUUGUCGUUGGGACAUCUCUCUCUGUUCCGUGGUACAUUGAGCAACAAUUAACCAGAUUAUCAGCGGUGUCUGUCAGUGCGACAAGUUCAUCAGUUCAGAGCGCACUGACUAGUGACAAACUGCAGUAAGGAGUGGAUGUUGGAAGGAACUUUGAAUAUUUUCUGGAGGAGCCUGUCUGCAUUGAGACUGUAUUGACUGUAGUGAAGCAACCGUCGCGUGAGCCAGAAGCUUGGAGAGAGGACCGUAGCCACGAGGCACCGGGAGACAGACAGCAGACAUGAUGACGGAUAUCUCCGGUGCAGAGUUUGAGAUCGAUGUGGAGAGUCUGGAGACCGAAUGCGACGACCAGGACCAGCCGGACUACAGCUCCUCUCUGCCCUGCGCAGGAGACCACGAGCCGGGGGCCAAGAUAGAUGACAAGCCGGGCACCACCAGCCCCGGGUCCGGUGAACAGCGGAAGCUAAGCCGGACGCCGAAGUGUGCCCGCUGCAGGAACCACGGCGUGGUGUCUUGUCUGAAGGGGCAUAAACGGUUCUGCCGCUGGAGGGACUGCCAGUGUGCCAACUGUCUGCUGGUGGUGGAGAGACAGCGGGUCAUGGCGGCUCAGGUGGCACUGCGGAGACAACAAGCUACAGAGGAUAAAAGGGGAAUUUGUGGGAAGCAGAUUCCAGCGGAGAGAAGAUCUAUCUACCAGAGAAACAUCAGACCAUCAACGAUGCUGGCUAAGAGCAUUCUGGAAGGGUACCGUCCGGUGCAGGGUGACCCGUACCUGGGGGUCAGCCCCCCUCUCCCGCCCCCCCUCAGCGACAGGAUGAGGAAGAGGAGAGCGUUUGCUGACAAAGAGCUGGAGAGGAUCAUGCUGGAGAGAGAGUACAAGGAGAGAGAGAUGCUAGAACCCCCUCAGGCUGCCACAGCCUCUCUGCUCUUCCCCAACAGUCUGGUCCGCCAUGCUGCAGAGUACAAGUCCUACAAGACAGCCCCGGAGGAGCCUCACCACAACAACAAGGACCUCUGUCGCUUCCUGUCGCCCAGCUGUGUGGACCUGAAGUACGCUGCCAGCCCCAGCAACAUGGAGCUCAUCUCCUCCAACGUCUCCGUGGCAACCACCUACCGCCAGUACCCUCUGACCUCUCCGCUGACCUCUCCGCGGGGGUUCAUGGUGUGGCCGCGUGGCCCCUCCCUCCUGUACCAGCAGUGCCUACGCAAUGCCACGGCCGUCCAGAACAUGAAGCCAGGUGCAGUCUGGGAUCCCAGGAUGAUGACCGCUGCCGCAGAGAGCCUCCCGCCCGACCACGAUGCCACGGCAACCACUGCCGUCACUGCCGCCAAACUGGAGGGGUCAAGGGUCGCUGUGGGCCUCCCCGAGGGUUCUGACCCCCAGCAGCAGGACGGCCCCGCCCAGUCCCAGGCCCCUCUCACCCAGGGGGGGCACCGCGAACGAUCAGCCUUCUCUCCCCCGAAGAGAGGCUUCGGACAGGCCUUCCCUCCUUGUACACCUCCCCCCCAGCCUCACCCCCAACAUCACCCUCACCCUCCCAGUCAUGAACAUGUCCUGAACAAGCUGAGCAAGGACAGUGCCAAACACACACUAUCCAUGAAGCUCAACUCCUUCCACUCACUCAUCCAGCAGACAUUGAGUGAGAAGGCUAGGGUCGGGGCUGGAGAAAGAGAGAGGGCCGGGGCCGAGGUAGGAGCUGGGGCUGGGGAGAGAGCUGGGACCGGGGCCGGAGUCGAGCUCCGGGGCCCCUACUGUAAAGAACUGCUGGAGGAAGCAGCCAGAAAGUACCGUGAAGGACCUUCUAAGGACUUCUACAGUUUAAAAGGCUCUGAUAGAUACAGCAAGGAGUUCCUGUCUAAGUCAGCCGGGGCCAAGAUCGUGUCCAGCCAGUCUCUGUCCUUCUCUGUGGAGGCCAUUCUGAAUAGGCCAUCACCGGCUAUGAACAGAGUUUCACAGUAACGUUAUGAACAGAGCUUCACAAUAACAUUAUGAACAGAGCUUCACAAUAACAUUAUGAACAGAGCUUCACAGUAAUUACCAGGAACGGACUGGGACCAAAAAUCAACCCCGUAUUUUUCUAUAUAUUAUAUUUGAUAUGAGCAUGUUGUAAAUCUCUUUAUGGUGUAGAGUAUUUAAAUGUAUCACUAAU